AUGGGUGUUGACCACGACGACGGCGUCCUUCUCGUGUGGUUCGAGCUCAAGGCCAAGGUGGCUGUCCUCGGGGACGUGCUCCUCGCCGACAGUUCGUGGAACAUGGGCAAGGGGAAGGCCGACGGCGUGGGUUUCGGAUGGCUGCGUGGUAACGCAAAGCUACCAAAGCAGGUUCCUGCUACUGAGGAGCAGAAGUGGCUCAUUGAGCCCACGGGGAAAGACAACUGGAUAUAUUCUAAAGGGGUCCGUAUUCCCAACGGCCUCAUCACCGUCUUGCUGAAGUUAUACUGGCCGGGGUUGUACUGUCCGGAUCCAGUCAGGCACCCGGACCGUCGGGUUUUGGCCACGAGCUGGGACCACUGGGAAGCGGCCCUCCACGCGGACCAUGAGACCCAUGCCAAGGCCGUGAUCACUACUUUCUGGAAAUUCUAUCGAGUUCUUCCGGAGCACAGGGCCAGAGCGGACCAGAUCGUGCUGCGCCAAUGCAAGAAGAAGGCCCGCCAGAUGCAGUACGAGGUGCGCUAUGUGGCCAUCUCGACAUACUACCACGACUAUCUUGUGGUGUGA